UUUUCCGGGGAGGCGGCGGCGACAGGAGAGCUGAAAGGAUACGCACGCCGGCGGGAACUCGUCCCGGGAAGAGAAUUAGGCCGGAGCGCGGGGGUGGAGUGCGGACCCAGAGCUGGCCCGUCAGGCGGUAGCCGGGCAGGUGCGGUGGCGGAAGUGCGAGGACGCGGUCGGAGCGGAGCCGUCUAGGAAGCGGCGGCCGUGGAUCACCCAUCCUGGAGCAGCCGCCGCCCCACGGCCAGAUCGCAGCGAUUAGGGCUCAGGCGACGGAAAGAUGCCUCUGUUCACCGCUAACCCCUUCGAGCAAGACGUGGAAAAAGCCACAAAUGAGUACAACACUACAGAAGAUUGGAGUCUUAUUAUGGACAUAUGUGACAAAGUUGGAAGCACUCCUAAUGGAGCAAAAGAUUGCCUAAAAGCCAUAAUGAAAAGGGUAAAUCAUAAGGUUCCUCAUGUUGCUCUGCAGGCGUUAACUCUUCUUGGGGCUUGUGUGGCAAACUGUGGAAAGAUAUUUCAUUUAGAAGUAUGUUCCCGUGAUUUUGCAACAGAAGUACGUGCUGUGAUAAAAAAUAAGGCUCAUCCUAAAGUAUGUGAAAAACUGAAGUCUUUAAUGGUGGAAUGGUCAGAAGAGUUUCAGAAGGAUCCUCAGUUUAGUCUAAUAUCUGCAACUAUUAAAUCAAUGAAAGAAGAAGGAAUUACUUUUCCUCCAGCAGGUUCUCAGACUGUCUCAUCUGCUGCCAAGAAUGGUACAUUAUCGAACAAAAACAAAGAAGAUGAAGACAUAGCUAAAGCUAUUGAAUUAUCAUUGCAAGAACAGAAGCAGCAGCAUGCAGAAACAAAAUCUUUAUAUCCAUCUGCAGAAAUUCAGUUAAAUAAUAAAGUUGCAAGGAAAGUGAGAGCUUUAUAUGAUUUUGAAGCCGUUGAGGACAAUGAACUCACCUUUAAACAUGGUGAAAUUAUUAUUGUUUUGGAUGACAGUGAUGCCAAUUGGUGGAAAGGAGAAAAUCACAGAGGAAUAGGACUCUUCCCAUCUAAUUUUGUAACAACUAAUUUAAACAUAGAGUCUGAGGCAGCAGCUGUGGACAAAUUGAAUGUAAUUGAUGAUGAGGAGGAGGAAAUUAAGAAAUCAGAGCCUGAGCCUGUUUAUAUAGAUGAGGAUAAGAUGGAUAGAGCCCUGCAGGUACUCCAGAGUAUAGAUCCAACAGAUUCAAAACCAGACUCCCAAGACCUCUUGGAUUUAGAAGAUAUCUGCCAACAGAUGGGCCCAAUGAUAGAUGAAAAACUUGAAGAGAUUGAUAGGAAGCAUUCAGAAUUGUCUGAAUUGAAUGUAAAAGUCUUGGAAGCCCUGGAACUAUACAACAAGUUGGUGAAUGAAGCACCAGUAUAUCCAGUCUAUUCAAAGCUCCAUCCUCCAGCACAUUACCCACCCUCAUCAGCUGGGGUUCCAAUGCAGACAUACCCAGUUCAGUCACAUGGUGGAAACUAUAUGGGUCAAAGCAUUCACCAAGUCACUGUUGCCCAAAGCUACAGCGUAGGACCAGAUCAUAUUGGUCCACUGAGAUCUCUGCCUCCAAAUGUCAAUUCCUCGGUGACAACACAGCCUGCACAGACUCCAUAUUUAAGCACUGGACAAGACACUGUUUCCAACCCUACUUAUAUGAACCAGAACUCUAACCUUCAAUCAGCUACUGGUGCAGCUGCUUAUACACAACAGAUGGGGAUGUCUGUGGAUAUGUCAUCUUACCAGAACGCUGCUUCCGGUUUGCCACAACUGGCCGGCUUUCCAGUGGCAGUUCCAGCUCAUUCAGUUGCACAGCAGCAAACAAAUUACCAUCAGCAGCCUCUUCUUUAGAACAAACCAAGCAUUUUCUUGAAAGCCUUCAUAUGUGUAUUACUUGACCCUUGCGAUUCUAAUCUGAAAAUAUUAAGAGAAAAAAAUUUUUUUUUCUCAACUCAAGUGAACCACGAAUAAAGCACAAAAACUUACCUUACUCUGCUAGGCCAUGAAAGGACUUUUGCAAUCCAAUUUGUUUGAAGUCCAACUUCUGAUCAGAGGCAGCUUCAGGUAGCUUCCAGUUAAUUUUGUCUUACUUUCAAAUCUCUCUACACAAAUCUGGACACCCGAGUAAGUAGCCUUAUGACACUAAACAGCAUGAGAUAGGAGUAUUACAUUUUUGCUUUGAAGAAACCACUCUUUAUCCCUAGAACAUCAUGAUAAUUGGGGGAGCACCAAAACCUUUGACUGUGUUUUUUGUCUGCUUAUUUUUUUCAGUAUUCGCCACAAACCAUUAUCUCAAAAGGCGGACUUCUUUUUGGGUGAGCAUUUAGCUUGCUAGCAUAGUUCUUUGGCUCCUUAAAUUGCAGUUGUGUUUGCAGUACUGUCAGUUUUGCUCUCUGUUAUGUUGAGUAAUAAUUAGCAUAUAAUUGUCUUUAGAAGCAAGAACAAUUUGGAAGGAACAAAAAUGUUUUCUGUUAUUAACGGGGAAGACCAUAUAAAUGCACGUGUGUGAUAAAGCAUUUAGCUAGUCCCCUGUCAUGCCAGCUGUGGGCUAAGGAAUACCCCACAAAACAUUUCCAUUCCCUGAAGACAAACAUUUUCCUUACAAGGCUCCCUUGUAUUUAGAAUUGCCACUAAUGACCUUCUAAAGUGACUUUGGCCAUUCUCUAAUGAAAAUAAUAAGGUCCACUUCUUUUCCUUCCUGAAGUGUGGUGUGCAGAGAUGCUGCAUUUUCUUUUUACGGAUUGCUUGUGAAUUUGAGCCAUGAGCCAUUCCUCGUAAUUUGAUGUGAUAUAUCCCAAGCAUGAAUAAUAAGUGUUUUUUUAUAGAUGUGUUGUUUCUUUAAAGAGGUAAUUCAAGUACCAUUGCUAUGCCAGGCUGUUGAGAAAUUUGGCCAUCCCUUUCAGAGAGAAUUCUGAGCCUGUGGGAUAAUAGCAGGCAAUGGAUUGAUAGGGAAGCUAUCAAGACAGUUUUUCUGAAGCCUACAUUUUAUAAAUUAGUUUACAGUGCUAAUAGAGUCCACAUACUAUAGGAAUUAGGUAGUAAACCAGUAGGGAUUGUUUUCUCCUAAAAAUUCAUACACUACUGCAUCAUCUACCAACUUUCUGGAUAACACAAAAUAGAAGAUGGCGAAUAUAUAUGCUUACAGAUACACAGUACUUAGACUGGGAAAAAACAAAGGACAUAAGUGAAGUUACUUCCCUGGGAGCAAGAUUUCUAAAUUGUUUUUUAAAAAGAACCCUUAAUCUUUCUUCUAAGAAUUCAUUUGAAGACAGUGCUCUGGUAAUUUUUGUCAUUUAUCUAUUUACAGAAAUUUAAUUACAAGUAUGUUCUCUUUUCAAAGAAACUGUGUCCUAAAAUAAAAUAGUCUAUAUACUGCUUGGUCUACACUUAAAGGAAAAAACAACAGUAUUUGAAAGCCCAGUUUCUGUCAUUGUCUUAUUUCAGAUAUAAGUAACUGAAAGGGUUUUAACCUUGAAUGUCUCAUAUUCUUUAUUUCAUCCAGUAUUUUCCUUCCAUGUGAAUUCAAUUACACACUUAUAAAAAAAUUCUAAAAUGGUACCUUAUUUUUUGGGAAAUGAAUCUUCUGUUCUUUAAAGAAAAAACAUAAAAAGCAUUUAUAAAGCUGCUCUUGAUAAUGUUUGCAUAUAUUUCGAAGAUCUUACAUUUUUCCCUCCCAAACAGUAUUUAAUAAGGUUAUUUUAAUGUUUGUGUAAAUAUUUCAUGUAUAAUUGUGAUCUGAAUUGUAAAAGCUUAACUCUGCAUAAGUCUUUGAACUCUAUAAAUACUGCACACCCUCUAAAUUGGGAUCAGCCAAUUAGGUUCACCAAAUGUAGUUUGGGAAUAAUAUAACAUGCGACCUGUAUAUAAAUCGUGUAUAUUGGCAUUUAUCUGUGAAAUUUUAUACAUCCAGAAGUUUCUUCUCCCUCUUAAAUUAAAAACAAUUUUAUUUUGGCCACACUGUAUAAUGAAUUUUGUGUUGCAGCUUGUUAAUAGUAUAAAAAUGUUACUAAAUCUGUAUACUAAGAUGGUAUUUUUGGUGUUAAUAGGAAAUAACAGGGUUGUUAUUUUUCUUUCUUUUCCAUGAUCUUAUGGGUUGUAUUUAUUUUAAGACCUCUUUAUAAUUAAAUGUUUUCUGCCAAAGGAAUUGUCUAAUAUCAGAUUUCUACAUUGGGUUCAUACUUGCUGUUUUAUAAAAAAAAUAAAAACAACUUCUAUUUCAAGUGAAAUCUCCGUACAUUAGAAAAAUUUUCUGAAAAUUUGUAAUAAAAUCACUUUUCAUCAAUGUAGAAAGAAUUUCCCUUGGGUGUUAAUUAAAACAGAGGAAGCAGGAUGUGUUCUUAUAGUUUGGAAAAUGUACAGUCUACCAACAUUGUCUUAUAAUUUGGUAAUCUACAAAAUUACCUGAACAUUAAAUAAUUAUACUACUUAUCAAUUA